AGCCAUCCCCGCGGCGAGCACGCGGCGCGGCGAGCGCGCGGCACGGCGGCGGGCGCGGCGCGGCGCGGCGUGGGGCGGAAUGCGGCGGGCGCUCGCUGGGGCCUAGCGCCUCCGCGGUGCCAGCGGGCCGACAUGAGGAGGCGGCUGCCACGAGAGCGGCCGGGGCUGUGCCCGUGGCUCUGGCUGCUGGUGCUGCCGGUGCUCGCGGGGGGCGACUACUCGGAGGGCCCCAUGGUUGGCAACGACGCGUGGGAGCUGCACUGCGGAGCGCCCUCCGACCUCAGCUCGGCGCUCGCCGCCUGUAGCGCAGAUGCGGCCUGCUGGGUAGUUCAUAGCUACGACUGCAUGGACUACUUCUGGCGCCCUUGCACCAGCAGCAUCAGCGACAUCCUGGCCGACUCCGCCGACUCGCAGGCCUGCACGAUGAUCCAGGACGGCCAUGUCACCACGUCGGCCACCACUGUCUCCACCUCCACGACGACCACCAAGGCCUGGUUCGACGGUCCGCGAGUGGGUAACUCCGCCUGGAGCGGCAACUGCGGCAGCACCGUCUAUCAGUUGGAGGAGGCGACGCUGGCCUGCAACGCCGACCCCAGCUGCCUCUGGCUGCACGGAUACGACUGCCAGGGCUUCUUCUGGUCCAGGCUGAUGGAGGAGAAGCUACGGGACGUGCUCGAGGCGACGGGGUCAAGCAGACCAUACAUGGCGGCUGACGAUGCGAUGAUCGACUUGGCCGGCAGUCCGAAGCGCGCGCCUGAUGCAUCCGCCCUUGCGGAGCAGAAACCGGCGAGCGCCAUCAGCGCCUUCGAUCCGUUCGUUGCAGGCGCCUCGCCGGCGCCGAAGGCCGACGCCGCCGGCUCCAGCAGCUUGGGGAUGCCCGCCGAGAUCGCGGCGGCCUUCGAGGCAAACAAGGCUGGCGGCACCGCGGCGCCGCAGGCCUCUGCGCAGCCGACUACCUCGCCCGACGCGCUGAUGCAGGCAAUCCUGGAGGACGCGAAGAGGAUGCGCGAGCAGAGCGGCUCGAAGGGCGACGAUCCUUUCGCGGGCAUGGAGUAG